ACACUACUUUGACCCUUCUACCGGUUUCCUGCGCGCGCUGCCACGUUAGUACUGCAGGAGUUCUCUAGCCCUCGUAGCAGCAACAUACGAACACCAGAACUAAAGCUCAGAAGCUGUGAGAUCAGAGAGAGGUUGAAACUCUUAGACGUAGCCUACCUAACAAGGAGCUCAUGAUGAUGAAGUCGGUGGUCCUGCUCGCGCUCGUGGUCGCGGCCGCAGCUCAAAUCACCGAGGAGGAGGACGUGCUAGUGCUCACCAAGAGUAACUUCGACGAGGCGCUGGCAGCUCACCCCAACAUCCUGGUCGAGUUCUAUGCACCAUGGUGCGGUCACUGCAAGGCUCUCGCCCCCGAAUAUGCCAAAGCAGCAGGAAUUCUCAAAGGUGAGGGUUCGGACAUCCGCCUGGCCAAAGUGGAUGCCACAGAGGAGACGGAGCUGGCGCAGGAGUUCGGGGUGCGCGGUUACCCAACCAUCAAAUUCUUCAAGGGUGGAGAGAAGACCACUCCCAAAGAGUACACAGCUGGUCGUCAGGCUGAUGACAUUGUGAACUGGUUAAAGAAGAAGACGGGACCAGCCGCCGCCAAGCUCAGCGAGGUCACGCAAGCAGAGUCACUCAUUGCCGACAACGAGGUCGCAGUCAUUGGCUUCUUCAAGGAUGUGGAGUCUGAUGGUGCCAAGGCCUUCAUCAAAGCAGCCGAGGCCAUCGAUGACAUUCCCUUCGGUAUCACCUCUGACGAUGCUGUGUUCUCAAAGUUCGAGGUCACGAAGGACGGUGUUGUGCUUUUUAAGAAGUUUGACGAAGGCCGUAACACGUUUGAUGGUGAGCUCAGCAAAGAGAACCUCCUGAGCUUCAUCAAGUCCAAUCAGCUCCCACUGGUCAUCGAGUUCACCGAGCAGACGGCCCCCAAAAUCUUCGGAGGAGAUAUCAAGUCCCACAUUCUGCUGUUCGUGCCCAAAGCAAGCAAAGACUUCCAGGAGAAGCUGGAUCAUUUUAAGAAAGCAGCCGAGGGCUUCAAGGGCAAGAUCCUCUUCAUCUUCAUCGACAGCGUGGUGGAGGAUAACCAGCGCAUCCUGGAGUUCUUUGGCCUGAAGAAGGAAGAGUGCCCUGCCCUGCGCCUCAUCACCCUGGAGGACGAGAUGACCAAAUACAAACCCGAGUCUUCAGAGAUCACAGCCGAGAACAUCAUCACCUUCUGCACAGCGUUCACAGAGGGCAAGCUCAAGCCUCACCUUAUGAGCCAGGACAUUCCUGAGGACUGGGACAAGAACCCAGUCAAGAUCCUGGUGGGCAAGAACUUUGAGGAAGUCGUCUUUGAUGCUUCCAAGAAUGUCUUUGUUGAAUUCUAUGCUCCUUGGUGUGGUCACUGCAAACAGCUGGCUCCGAUCUGGGAUCAGCUGGGAGAGAAAUACAAGGACCAUGCAGACAUUGUGGUGGCUAAGAUGGACUCCACGGCCAACGAGAUUGAGACUGUUAAAGUCCACAGCUUCCCCACGCUAAAGUUUUUCCCUGCAGGAGAUGAUCGCAAGAUCAUUGAUUACAGCGGCGAGAGAACGUUGGAGGGCUUUACAAAGUUCCUGGAGAGUGGAGGAAAGGAUGGUGGAGCACCAGCAGGAGAAGACGGCGAAGAUGAAGAGGUUGAUGAUUUGGAUCUUGAGGAUACAGAGGACGUCGACUCAGACGCAGAGGGACACGAUGAGUUAUAAGGACAGGAGAGAGAGAGGGUGCGAGCAAGCGAGAGGAGAGACGAACCCCUUCACCAACCACCACUUCCACUACUCCAAGCCCUCCCUGUCCCAGGAACCCUCAGAUGUCUCCUAAACAAUCAUGUAUAAACUUUGUACACCGUGACCGAUGACCUUGAAGAAGAAAUAACACCGUUUCGGGGGGGGUAGCCCAUUUCUCUGAUCGGAGACCCAACUGUUGAACCUUGUGUUGGCAUUAAAGCUCUUUUCUCCUGUCUGUUAAGUAGAAUCUUGAAGGUUCUGCCUCUCUGGCGAUCCACAAGGGUCAGUAUUAGGACCUUUUUUUAAUUUGGAAGUUUAAUAAGAGUUUGGUGGCUGGGAUGGACAGAUCUAACUCAGGGCAUUGGGGCGAUAAAGCAAACAAAAAAAAAACAGUACAUUCUCACUUAAUUCAAAUACAGAUGUAGCUGAGACCAAGCUUCUCUUUCCUUUUUUCUUGUGUGCAUUCUUUCUUCCCCCUCCUCCAUAACCAUUAUGUAGCUACUGAUUUUUUUUUUUUAAACGAUAUAAAACUUAUCUAUUUGUUGUAUUUAAUUCUAUUUUUCCAGUUUUUAUUUGUGUAUGUAUCAGCGCUCGAGGGUCCAGUGACCCUCCCAGUCUGCGAGGGGGGGGGGUGUUCUGUACUAAAUUGUUCUUCACGCCAGCAGAGAUUUCAUCUCAGUUACUGAACACAAUUUCAGAAAUAUUCCAUCUGUCGCUCUGUCUUCUCUCUAUCACUUAGGUAAACGAAGGGGUGGUGUGUAACUAACAGGAUAACAGCGAAGCGUGGGGGAACGUGUUCGUAAACCCAGUCCAUUCUGUUAUGCGUCCCAGGGUCGGGGCUGUAAUGUGCCGUUUUAUCCCCAAACUAUUUGUUGCUGUUGUUCAGAGGGUUGAUGUUAAGUGGGGAAGGAUUUGGGUUUAUACAGGGAGGGACUUGUGUAAUGGUAAUUUUUUUAUUAUUAUUAUUAUUAUUAUUAUUAUUAUUGUAAGGAGUAAAGAGCGAAAGAGGAAUGAACGAGUUGAGAGAAACAAAGCAUUCCAUCACACUUAAAAAGGAGAAAUAAAUGUGGAAAAAUAAACUGGUGGCAAAAUAAACUGGUGGCCAAAUAAACAACAAAAUGGUGACAAA